AUGCCUACAGAACUUGAAGAAUUGGUUGGGUUUCUACACUCACCACAACCAGCGGUUGUGCAAAUUGCUUUAGAUAACCUUGUGGGAUUUUCCACUGGUGCUCAUCAACAAGUAUUCGCUUAUGACAAUUAUGAGGCAAUAAAGGAUCUCAAGAAAUUGAGUCAAACCAAUAGCAAGACUUUAGUUAGACAAUCCGUCACCAUUCUUGCUAACUUGUGUGACGAUAUAACAAUGAGAAACUUGAUUGUUGAAGAUACGAAAUAUUUGCAAUUUUUGGUACUCAAGAUUGUCAACCUUGAGAACUCCAAUGCUGAUAUCAUGUGUAUCCUCUUGAACAACUUGGCCAAAAACGAUGCCGUUAACAAGAUCUUUGAGAUUGAAGUUGAACUCAACGAUUCUCAAAAGAAAGUGUUUAAUUCAACCAAGGCCAUUGAUUGUUUAAUGGACUGUUUUGUCAAGGGGAACGAUUACAAAUUAAACACACAGGCCAAUUUCGAUUAUCUUGCGUACUUUUUUGCCGACUUGUCGAGGUUUCAACAAGGACGUUCGUACUUUAUCACUGAGCAGACUUAUGACAAUGUUGUUCCUAUAUCAAAAUUGCUUGUUUUUACAGAGAAAUACGACGACAAGAUCAGAAGAGAAGGAGUGGCAUUCACAAUAAAGAAUUCUUUGUUUGACACCAAUGCACACAUGAAGUUGUUGACAGACUCCAAAAUCAACAUACUACCGUUCCUUCUUUUGCCAUUGGCAGGCCCCGAGGAAAUCGACGAAGAAGAGGUGUUUGAUUUGCCUGACGAGUUGCAAUUGUUGCCACCAGAUAAAACAAGAGAGCCCUUGUCUGGUAUUCAAUGUACACAUUUAGAAUCCUUGCUUUUGUUAUGUACAACUAAGCCGGCAAGAAUGUAUUUCAGAGAAAAGAGGGUUUACUCUAUCAUUAGAGAAUUGGAUAAAGCAAGUCAAGACGAAAACGUGAAGGAUUUGUGUAACAGAAUUGUUCAAUUAUUGCAAAGGGACGAGGCUCCUGACUCUACUGAGAUUGAAGAGCUUGAAAGCGACGAAGAUGAUGAUAAGAUUGUUGAAAUUGUAUAA